CCGAGCCCGGGCAGGGCGGGCGCCGCGGCGCCCCUGGGGAGCCCUCCCGAGCCGGGUGCGUGGAUGGUCCGUGUGUAGCGAUGCCGCGGGGGGAGGCGCGCGGCGCCUGCGCAGUGCCCCCGCCGUGUGCCGCCCCGCUCGCCCCGGACCCCGGCGCCGCUGCCCGGCCCAGGGCCCGAACCGCGACCCCGCCGGCGGCGCCCGGGCUGCGCAGGAAAAGCCUCUUGGCAGGCGGGGUUCCGCGAGUGGGGAGCCGGGAUGCCGCUGGGCACCUGGGGUUGCAGUGGGGACUGGCGGGGUGCCCCAUCGCCUGGAGCAGCAGAGCGGGGCCGCUCCGCCGCCGGCAGACCUGCUGGCCUCCGAGCUCCGCCGGCAGGGUCAUGUUCCCUGUGGAAGUAGAGGCGAGGCGGGGGCGAGCAGGCUGUGGGCUCUGAAGAGACCACUUUCCAGCUAAAGAUGGCUGCUGAUACUCCUGUUGAUAUCCUUCAAAAGGUUCUGGAGAAUGAAAUACUUCAGACAACCAAGGUUGUGGAAGAACAUCUGGAUGCUGAAAUACAGAAGCUGGACCAGAUGGAUGAAGAUGAAUUGGAACGCCUUAAACAGAGGAGGCUUGAGGCCCUAAAAAAGAGCCAGCAGCAGAAACAAGAGUGGCUUUCAAAAGGACAUGGAGAAUACAGAGAAAUCCCAAGUGAGAGAGACUUUUUCCAAGAAGUCAAAGAAAGUAAAAAUGUGGUUUGCCAUUUCUAUAGAGAUACAACGUUCAGGUGCCAAAUAAUGGACAAACAUUUGACUGUAUUGGCAAAAAAGCACAUUGAGACAAAAUUCUUGAAAUUAAAUGCUGAAAAAUCUCCUUUCUUGUGCGAGAGACUGCGCAUCAAAGUAAUUCCCACUCUAGCACUAAUAAAAGAUGGAAAAACACAAGACUACGUCGUGGGCUUUACUGACCUCGGUAACACUGAUGACUUCACUACAGAAACCUUGGAAUGGAGAUUAGGCUGCGCAGAUGUAAUUAAUUACAGUGGAAACUUGAUGGAGCCACCUUUUCAAAGUCAAAAGAAAUACGGAACAAGCUUUACAAAGCUGGACAAGAAGACCAUCAGAGGAAAGCUAUAUGAUUCAGAUUCUGAUGAUGACUAGAAGAGCCGCUAAAUAUAUUUGUAAAUCAUCUUUUGUUUAUGCGUGGUACAUUUCUAAGAAUGUUUUUUAUAAAGCUUACUGCUUUUCAUUACAUCUGCACAUAAUUCUCAUUUUUCUAUACAAUUUUAUACAACUGAGUCACAGCAGGAAAAAAGCUUAAGGAUUUUUUUUUUCUCUUUUGGAAGUCAUUUGUAAUUUGAAAAUCUUAGUCCUUCUAACUAAAUGACAUGGCAAAUGAUGAACUUGAGCCCUUUGUCUUAAGUAUAAGUUUAUGAAAUGUUUUGAAGUAACUUAGAAACAGCUGUAUGAAGUCAGACCAAAGGUCCCUCUGGCCCAGGAUCCGGUCUCAGUGGCUAAAAGGAGAUGCACAAGGAAGAAUGAAAACAGGGUGACCAGAUGGCAAUGCUUCCCCACAGUCUACUUUAAGCAAUCUGUGGCUUGGGGAACACCGUAUCUGAGAGCAUUUGCUGCUUAAAACAAUAGAAGAAAAAUCUCUUUAAAUCCUCAUGGUACCCAGACAUCCUCAUCAUGUGGCAAGGAGGUCACAGUUUAACUGUGCUGUGUGAGGAGCUACUUCCUAUUUUUUUCAUUGAAUCUGAAAAGGUUUUUUUUCCUGUUUUUCAUUAUUAAAGGAGUUAACAUACACUUCUAAAAAAGAUUGUUCUUUAUAAGUUCCUUUUCCAAUUGUCUUUUUAUAUUUAUUAUUACUUACAUUAUCAGUAAAGCACCACAAAAUUAUUAGUAAAGAAAUUGUGCAUUUUAACAAAUAAUUGCUUUUCUUAUGGUGCCAUAUCAUGCCAUUGAAUAAAUUAACUGCAUUGCACUGUAAGUUGUAAAAACAGUCAUAACUUCUGUGAAUUCUGAAAUAGAUGGCCAAGAGAAAUGCCCUUUUACCAUCUAUGAAUGCUGCAUGUCAGAGCUGAUACAGCAGGCAAUAGCACAUAGCAAUUGAAGCUAUUGAAAACAGCCUUGUUCACGGGUUUGUAUCUUUCUGUGGUUGUGAAUGUGUGGAUUUUAUAGCAGAUGCUUUGUACAAGAGAGUAGAAUAGAGAAAAGUAUUUGGGAGAAACCUUGAUCGUUAAGUUUAGAUAUAGUGCCGCAUACUGUGUACUGUUCUUCAGUGAUGGACAGAAUUUUUGAGAGAUCUUCCUUGGACACAAUGUAAAAUUCCUGGCUAGGUGAACCAUUGAUGAGUUUUCUUUUCAUUUUCAGAAAAAUUGUUUGCUUUGUGCUGAGGGACCCUUUUGAGGUGGUACUUUGAACCCAGUUGGUCCAAAUAGCAGUGAAGUGGGUCUAGCCAGUCUUGCUGCCUUGUAGUAGACAACACUUGUGAUUGGGCCAGCCCAGCAAUAUAUCUCUUUAAGUUAAAAAAAUUAUAUUUUAUUUCUGUUCAUGUACAUUGAAAUAAAAUUAUUUUAAUUCUAA